CACCCGAGAGAUUGUGCAGCUUCCUUUAGGCAUUUUCACAAACACUUACUGGUCAUACUCCAUUCUUACUGGCCAUACUCCAUUAAAACCCGAACUGAACUAAAUCCACACAUUUUCAAUCUCGCGAUUACAGCAAUGACUGACCUGGCUACCUCUGAAGCCGAGUCAGGCGUCAAUUACUCCUCAUUAUCUCCCUCUUCGCAGUCUUCGUCCACGUUUUCUGGGUCGGGUAAAGACCCGGUAACCGAAAAGUUGGAUUCGGGUGGCCCUAGUGAGACGGGGAGGCCUAAAAAGCGGUCGAGGGACGGCAGUAAGCACCCGGUUUACAGGGGAGUCCGAAUGCGGACGUGGGGUAAAUGGGUAUCCGAGAUCCGAGAGCCCAGGAAGAAGAAUCGGAUCUGGUUGGGGACCUUCUCGACCCCUGAAAUGGCGGCACGUGCACACGAUGUUGCCUCCUUGAGUAUCAAGGGCAGUUCGGCGAUCCUCAACUUCCCUGAACUCGCCGGGUCACUGCCCCGACCCGCCUCCAACUCUCCCCGAGACGUACAAGCUGCCGCUGUUAAAGCCGCUUCAAUGGAGAUCACCACCACCAAUGCCACAUCACCAUCUUCCUCUUUCUCCUCCUCUUCAUCAACAACGGUCACCCAAUCGUCGUCAUCGACAGCCGGGGUUACAUCAACAGAUGACGCGUCAACACCAGAAGAGCUAAGUGAGAUAGUGGCGUUACCGAGUCUGGGAACAAGUUUUGACUCGCUCGAAUUGAACAAAGAGUUCGUUUUUAGUGAAUCGGUGUUAGAUGGCUGGCUCUAUAACACGCCGUGGUAUUAUGAUUCAGUGGAUCACUGCGAUUAUUUUAGCGAUCAGAUUUCAUUUACAGAGAAUAUGGUUACAGGUGAUACAUUUGAGGCCUUAUUGUGGCAACAUUAGUGCAUUAAUUUUUGGUUUUCUUUUUGUGGGAUUUGAAUUUUAGUGUUAUAAAAGCACUUCUUUCUAUGAAUUCUCAUACCUUGCUUGCUCUUCAAGACCAAAACAGAGUGUGAUAGUAGCAGAGUCUUUGCCUUUUGUUUCUUUCUUUACAGUAUGUUCUUCUUUCUGCUGGUCUCUUCACAAUGAAAAAAAUAAAAUAAGAGAGAGUGGACAAAUUAAUCAUCCUA